UCUAUCGCAGCUGCCACACUCAGGUAUCAAAGCCUGAGCCCCUUGCGUGGGGUGAGGCGCAGGCGCAUCAGGCUGAGGAAUUUAAAUCGUUUCCACCGCCCGAGUAGCUACACCAAACGCCUCUGUCACACCACACCACCUCAUUGUAACGCUUCAUCAUGUCCCUCCACUUAGACACGUCCGGCCUCAUUCAGCAUGAUGUGGCAUUGGAAAUGUCCCCGGAAGAGAUCAAGACCCCACGUUUUCGCCAGUUCCAGGAGAACUUCGAAAAGCACAUGCCAUCAGCGCGAAAGCCAAAAGAAUAUGACCAUGUUGGAGUUCUUUUGCUCUCGUUUGACCCAACUUCUGAGUUGGGAGGCAUGGGCAAUAUGGACGUCAGUGAGGAGAUUGAGAGUCUGAGAGAUGUAUUCUUAGAAUAUGAGUUCGAUGUGACAAGCAAGGUCAUCCCUUGUGACGAAACCGCGAAUGCCUACGCUAGCUCGUGUUUAUAUGCUUUCGAGUUAGAACAUGCUAAAAAGGAGCACCAUUUGAGUAUUAUCUACUAUGCUGGCCACGGUUGGAGGAAUAGAGAUCAUAACCCUGCGCGAGCUGCCUACGCGAUGGAUCUCAUGCCCGAAGCGGCUCAAAGAGAUGACACCAAGCUUCCCGAAGGCACUUACAUCAUGUGGGAUAGAGCUGAACAUAUCCUACAGGAGUUCAAACACGAUCAUUUGGUUAUAUUUGAUUGCUGUGAUGGAGGUUUUCUAUCAACACGUGGGUCUCGCCACGCCUUUGAGUACCUAGUCGCGUGUGAGGGCAGAAAGCGAACACACAAACCUGGACCCCACUCGUUCACAACAGCACUCAUCUGGGCACUGAAGGAGUUGAAACCGGUCGCUCCUUUCACCAUGCUAGAGUUAAGGGACCAGAUCAAACGAUACAAAGAUUUUCCCACCAAGCAGAGGCCGCUAGUCUUCGCUCGUCCGGAUCAUGUCGCAGGACCAAUCUCGAUGGCCCCAAUAGACAAGAGUACAAACAAAGGGAUAGGUCCAAGCUCAAAAGCGACUUCCCAUGUUGGCCCAGUCGAACGUUCCUUCGUUGAUCUGCGCUUCUUCUUUACAAAAGAUAUCACCGCUGAGGAUGCGAAGCAAGUUGCAGAAAUGGUCAAGUCAGCCGUACAGGGUAGAAGCUUUAAGUUCAACGCGACACAUGUCUCUGUGCUGGAUCAAGGACGAACCGCGAAUCUUAUGAAGAUCCGUGACCACUGGCGCAGGGCGCGCGACUCUCUCGGCUUCUUGUCUCGAUCUCGAAAGCGGAUGAGAACUGGACAGUCGGAAACGCCCUCGCGGAAAUCUUCAAGAUUAGAAGCAGGAGAUGUAUUGGGACGACCUGUCACACCCAUAAGCGAUGACCCUCGAUCCGAUGUAGAGGCUCAGGUUGUUUUGCCUCCGGUUCGCAUUGAGACAGGAGCUGCAACUACGCUCGAUGUUCGUGUACCCUUGGUUAUUAACCAUGACUCCUCCCUAACUCAAGAGUCUUGA